ACACAUGUGUACAAAAUAUCAUGGAGGUUAAUAAUUGGAAGUCUUGACCACUGUAGCAAUGGACCACGACAUUGUGAAUGAAAAGCUGCAUUUUGAACAUUUGAUUACUGUGCUAAGAUGGCAGAUGAAGAACAAGUCCUCCAAAUUGAUCUAACUGAAGAAGAUGAAACUGAGGAAAGUGAUACUGUCCCCAAGGAAGAGAUUGCUGUUCCUCCUGAUAAAGGACGUCCAGACCCAGAGAGAUCCUCUAGUCCUGUCGUGGUAUUGAGUCCUGAACUUGAUGAACCUCCAGAUGGCAACUCUGGUCACAUGGAAGUAGUUGUUCUUGAAGAUGAGGAGGAAGAAGGGCCUUCCGUGGUUGAGGAUAGUAAGAAGGUGGAGGAUAGCAUAGACUCUUCUGGCGACAUUGAACCUACUGUAGACGUUGCAGAAAAGAUGGAUGAUGAUGGAGAGGGAUCGGAUGGGUCGCAAUCAAGUGACGACAUGGAUAUGUUGCUCAUUGCAGAUGAUUCUGAUUCGAGUGACGAUGACACAGAUGGUGUAAUGGGUGAAAGCAUGGACAGAGAGGGUUCUUCGGUUGAAGAGAGUUUAGAGAAAGAUGGUUGCUCAAUAGUUGAAGUCCCAGAGAAGCUGGGGGAUAAUUCCAAAGAUGGUGAAAGUAACAUGGAGGUUCCUGAUGAGAGUGAUUUGCAAUAUAAGGUAAAGAUUACCAGAGUAGGUGGUGGUGACUUUGAGGGUUUUGAGAUCACCCAUGAACCGGUUAGUAAGAGUUACACCAGGAAGGAUGAUCAGGCGAGCGAUAGAGGAAGUCCAGCAAAUGCCAAACCUGCUAAAGGAGAAUCAAGCAAAGAGGGCAUUGAAGCGAAGGAAGAAGCUGCACCUUGUAGCAGUGCUUCAAUCAAAGAAAUUGAAGCAGUAACUGAGAGGGAAGAAUCUGCCCAGAAACCGGAGGAAGAUCGUGUGGGCACUCCGUCAUUUGACAAAGACAGUCAGAAGAUGAUGACUACAGAAUUGGAGGCGGGUGACCGUGCCAUGAGACAGCUGCCAUCGCCAACUUCCACCCGAUCAAGUGAAAACAAGUCUAGCAUCAGACCCCCGUCAUCCCCUUUCUCCAGUGAUUACAAACCAUCAACACCAGGGACACUUUCCAGUCGUAGCAGCACCACGGGGAGCUUCGACGGAAGCGGAAAGAGUGUAGGGGAUUCUGCUAAUAGCAGUAAGCUGCGUGCCAUGCGCAACUCAACUAGAGAACGAAGAGAGAACAGGGAGGAGCGCGAGAGGCAGGAGAAACUGUCCAAGGGUGAGAAGAGUAGAGAGCUCAGUAGGAGUAAGUCUAAUGUUGACAAGAGGAGGCUUAGUCAUCCAAAAGGUGUUCCCCCGGAGCCUGAGCCCUUGCCGCCCAAAACGAGAGGUAGGAUGACCAGGGUCGGCUUUGACUUUUUACCCGGAUUCAAGCUAGAGGCGAUGGACUAUUUGAAUAAUUGGUAUCCUGCAAAGAUACUGCAGAUCGACGAGUCACGCCAUCAGAUACAGAUUCAUUUUGAAGGCUGGAACUCCCGCUACGACCAGUGGAUCCAUUACAACUCACCUAAGCUCCGCCCACUGGUCAGGAUGUCCAAUCGCAAGGAGGGAUUAAAAGAGGUUCCUGAAGGGAAUCACAAAAUUGGUGAUGAAGUUUUGGCACGUUGGUCCGACUGUCGCUACUACCCGGGCAAGAUUGUCGGCGUCAAUACAUCCGGAAGUUAUCGGAUUAUCUUUUACGAUGGAAUUGAGAAAAACGUCCAGGGUAUGAACGUCAGAGAUAUGCCAGAAGAACUCAAGAAACAAGAUUUCUUCAGUAAUCUUCAGGCUCAGAUAGAGAGAGCAGAGCGCAAUGCUGCACAGAGGAAAGCCAACAGACAGAAGUAUGAAGCCAAGAAAUUACAACCUUUAUCUCCAGCUUCAUCCAGCACGGGAUCUAGUCCUCCAGAAGAGCGCAAAAGGAAACUGUCAACUUCCUCACCCGCCCCUUCUACUCCCAUAGGUGCAAAGAUCAAGAAGUCAAGGUCCAGCACAGAGCAGGUUGAAAGGUCAAGUGAAGAGGUCAAAAGGUCAAGAAAUCUGAGCCAAGAAAGCAGGAAAUCUAGAAGAAGUACAGAGGAGGUCAAAUCGCCCAAGGCUGCAGAAACCGAUCCAAGUCGCAGGUCAAGAUAUGCUAGUGAGGAGGGUAGGAGAUCAAGGAAUCUUAGCGAAGAGGGUCGAAGGUCAAAUCUCGGUGAGGAGGGUCGAAGGAUGAGACAUCUGAGUGGAGAAAGUGGGAGGUCUAGGAGUAGUACAGAAGAGGUCAGGUCACCAAAGGCUGCUGAAGUCGAUCUAAGUCGCAGGUCGAGAUCCUCCAGCGAGGAGGGUCGCAGGUCAAGAUUUGCAAGUGGAGAGGGUCUGAAGUUGAGAAGCAGCACAGAGGAGGUUGAAUCGCCCACGGCUGAGGAAGUAGAGCGAAAAAGAUCAAAGUUUGGCAGAUUCUCAGGAGGCGUGCAUCCGCCCGAGCCAACUAGAAAAGGAGGACACUUUCUGAUGGGAGGAGGAAGUCUUAAGAAGAAGGAGGUUAAGAAGGAAGGAACCGGUGUUAAGCUUGCCUUGACCAAGCACACCACAGUUUCCAGGCCUAGGUUUGUGGGUAGGCCCACCGGGAGGCCCGUCGGUAGGCCCCCGGGUAGUAGUCUUCAGAGGAAAGAAGCACGGUCCGCCAGCAAUCUUCCAGGGAAGGAGCUGCGUUCUGUAGGCAACGUUCAGGGGAAAGAACUGCGAUCAGCCACCGCUUCCACCACUCAGGCUCCUAGUGUGCAAGAAAGAUCGAGAACUGUCUCUCAAGUACCUGUCGAGGGUGACAGUCCAAUUCCAGACACAACCUCAACAGGUAAAUCUCCAGCGCCUGUUACUUCAUCUGGCGGAGCCACUCCUACCUCGACACCGAGAGCAAGACCAGGGCAUGUGAUUAUCCCUGUGGUGGAGCACAUCUCAAUGGACGAACGUCUGGAGGUCGCUAAGAACCUGGAAAAACUACGAGCUAUCGCUACAAAAGAACCUUUGUUUGCCAAUACUCAUAUUGGACACUUGAAGGAUCCAACAAAAUUCAUUGCACCUAAGGAGUUGAUCGUGGACCUGGACCACAACAAGUUCAAGUGCGAGGUCCCUGGAUGUACCAAGUCAUUCAGGAAGGCCAGUCUACUUGAGUCCCAUAUGAAGUACUACCACGCAGAGCCAGGCGCCGAAUCUGGUCCACCCCAAGACAAGGAUAAGGACAAGCCGUCCUCGAGGCCAAGGAAAAGGAAUUAUUCAGCUACUCAGACAUCGUCAUCAAGGAUUCGAAGGGAUUCAGAUACUUCUGGUCCAGCUGCUGGUUCAACCUCCCCAUCCUCCCCUCCGGCUAGACUGGUUGCCAAGCGAUCAUCAGCACCGGACACAAUCUCCUCUCCCACCCAAGGGACAAAGAAACCAGAGGCUCCCGUCAUGAAGUCUCCUAGAUCCCCACCUCCAAUCAGAAGCCCAAGGUCUCCUCCAGCCCAGCCGUCGAAGUCGCCAAAGAGUCCUCCUGCACAGCUGAUGAAGUCGCCUAAGUCUCCUCCUCCUCCGCAGCUGAUGAAGUCGCCCAAGUCUCCUCCGCCGCCGCAGCCGAUAAAGUCACCUAAGAGUCCACCGCCGCAGGUAUCCAAGGUGCCCAAGUCUCCAUCUGGGACACCACCCUCCGGUACUGUCAAAGACACCAAGCCGCCUCAGGAGCCAAAACCAUUGAAGGAACCCAAAUCACCAAAGGAAACCACAUUAACCAAAUCCCCAAAGGAAACAACUGCAGCUAAAUUAACAAAAGAAGUGACUUCAGCUGUUAAAUCGGCUGAAGAAUCAGUGAAGUCGCCAAAGGAAAUGACUACAACAAAACCAUCAAAGGAAAACUUGUCGACUAAAUCACCAAAAGAGAAUGUAUCCACUAAGCCAUCAAAGUCCCAUCCAUCUACAAAGACAGAGAAAAGGAUUAAGAAAGAGGAAGUCAAUGAGUCUCUGUCAGCAACUGGUAGGGUGAGACACGAGAGCAAAUCCGACAAAAGCAAGUCUGACAAAAGUUCUAAGGAAAAGAAGGGGUCUUCAAGUGAAGGUGGUGGAGAAACAGUUAAGAAGGAUUCAUCUAAAAAGGCAGGCCUGUUGGCAACAAGUGACGUUACUAAAAAGACUGAAAAGACUUCCAAAUCAGGCAGCACCAUCAUUCCGUCAAUCAUUCCAUUGAUACGGAAGGACUCAUCCAAGGCCGAGGCGGGAGGAUUCACAAAGCGAGAAGGCAUGUCAAAGUUGGACAAACUCAAACACAAGAAACACAAGGACAAGCACAAAAAGCACAAAGACAAGAAGAAGAAAAAAAAGAAGAAGAAGGAAAAGGAGAAGAAAAAGAAAAAGAAGAAGCGGCAGAAGGAUGGAGGGAAGAUGGGUAUCCUGAAGAGCCAAAAGUACAAGGACAUUGAUGAAUACAUCCUGGAGAAAAAGAAGAAGGAAUUCCAAUUUGAAAUGCCUCUUCCUGUUUCCCAGUUCAAGGAGAACUAUUCUCGGCACCCUGCCCCGAUCUUGAAGUCCCAGCUCCUGAGGAGUGUUGAGAGAUCGGAUCCUGGUCAUGGCAGAGGGAGCGGUGAGGGGGAGAUCGUCAGGUGUAUCUGCUACCGAAAGACAGAAGAGGGCUUCAUGAUACAGUGUGAACGUUGUCUUUGCUGGCAGCAUAGUAGCUGUGUGGGACUAACCAAAUCCACUGUUCCUGAUCAGUAUGUCUGUCUCAUCUGCUUCAAUCCAAGAGACCAGAGAGUGAGUGCCAAGUACCGCUAUGGCCAGAAAUGGCUGGAUGAUGGGGACUUGGCAUCCUUUUCCUUCGCUCCCAAGGAACAUAUGAAGGAGGCGUCUCACAACCUUGCAGCCACCAACCGUCUCAUCGGCGAGAUGCACGUCAUCAACGAGGUCCUGAGAGGACUCCGGGAGAAGCUCCAUAUUCUUCAAACUGAUGACCAUCCUGCCAUGAAACUGUGGGCUAGAUCCUGGUUAAAACCCAAGGUACCAGAGACACCAAAGCCAGACCCUCUUGCCAAUCCAGGUCUAGAAUCCAGCUUGAGUCCCACCCUGGAUCCUGCCUUGUCCGAGUUCAAAGACUCCCUGAGUAUUGAUGGGAGCUUGGACCCAGAGGCGAGCUUGACGCCGCAAGAGACGGAGCAGAUCGCAAGAAUCAUGGCCAUGAGUGGUGACCUGGAAAUGGCCACGUUGGCAAACUUGGCUUUGCCUUGUGAGGUUGGACUUGACUCGUCUGCAUCAUCCAUGAUUGACGGAAGCCUCUUGAAGGAAGACCAGAAUCUAGGGGAUGUGGAGAUGGGUGGACUGACUAGCGUCGCGCAGGGGGAAGUGGUAGAUGUCGGGAUGGGAGCGCUUGGAAACGUUGUGGGUGGAAUGGAGGUCAAGAAUGCACCAGGACAUACUCUCGGAAUGGAUGCUUCAGCUGUUAUGGCACCAAGAAUGGAUCCUUCUGCUGUUAUGACACCAGGAAUAGAUGGAGCAUCUUCAUCAUCUUCAUCAUUCAAUGCUGGUGAUGUUGGUGAGGUUUCUUCGGCUAACAUUCCAAAGACACCAGUGAUUCAGCAGAGCCAGAGUGAAGAUUUUGAGCCUCCCUCAGUCAAAUUUGUGAUGUCAUCAGGUGCGGACAGGUCGUCAGCAAAAGAGCCAGCGAUUGUGGACAUCAGUGACAUCCCGUCAACAUCUGCUGGCCCCAGCCAGGAACAGUUAGAGGCAGCUGGUAUGAUGCGGUUUCAGCCACUUACUCACAAUGACAGGAGAGAAGAAACACACAGACGGAGCCCCUUACCCCAAGAUGAAAGCAGUCUUGAUACAGAGAGUUCAAUGGAUUUGGAUGAAGCAGAUGCAAAGCCCGAGAAAUGCAAAGAAGUGUUACGUCGGACUUCGGGAACAGAAACAAAGGAGGAGGAUGAGAGUAUGGACAUUUCAGAAGUACCUGAAAGUGGUCCAUCAUCUUCUGAGUCUGGAUCUCAAUUGGACACUGUUCCUGUCAAGGAGCCUCCUUUGAUGACUACUGAAGUGAAUACCAUCCCAGAAGUAGUAGAUGCUAGAGAUCUUGGAUCAACUGAAUCAGUUGCUCCAGAAUCAAAAUCCAAAGAAACUGUUGCUCAUCAAUCAACAAAAGAUGAGGCUACACCAGAAUCGGCAGUGGCUGAUGCUCAAGUAGAUGAUGGCUCAGUUGCUCCAACAACAAAACCUGAAGGAACCUCAGAGAGUCAACCAACAACAAGUGAGCCUUCUUCAAAUUUAGUUGUGACUGAAGAACAAGUUAAUGGUGACUCGGUAGCUCCAAUUGUAGAACAUGAAGGAACCCUAGUAGCGGAGUCAGCAUUAAGUGAGGCUUCUGCAGAAUCGGUAAUAGCUCGAGAUCAAGUAGGUGCUGAUGACUCCAUUGCUGCACCACCAACAUCAGCAGUAAUUGUGGAAGGGCAGUCAACUGAAACUGAGGCUACUCCAGAAUCAGUAUCAGCUGAUGCUAGUGUAGACGACGGUGCUGUUGCUGCCACAUCGAAGCCUGAAGGAACUGUUGUUCGUAUAUCAAAAGUAACUGAAGUUUCUCCAGAUGUAAAUGUUACAAAUGAACAAAGUCAGAAGGAAGGGGCCAGUCCAUUGAACGUGAAUGUUGCUAGUUCAGAAAGUGACAAGGAAACUGAAAAGAAGGAUUGCAUCACACGACCUGACAGUGAACAAAUAAGAGAUGUUAAAGCACCUGAAGGAGUGACUCUUGAUAGUGUGAGUGAUGUCCAACCUGCAGUAGAAGAUACCAAGGCAGUAGAAGAUCCUUCUAAUCAGGACUUUCCAAAUCCUGAGGUGAUGGACCCAGAAGUACAGACAAAUAAUAAUGCCAAACCUGAAGACACAAACCAGAAAAAAUCAUAUGCAGAUAUACAGAAGAGUAAAGAUUCGUUGCCCGAAGCGCAAGAUGACACUGACGCUAUCCCUGCUGACUCUUGCGUGGAAACGGGUGUUCCACCAAACACCAACCCAUGUGUUGCAUCUUCCAAUAUGGAGGGAGUUCAAGCAAAUACAGCAGAAAAUCUAGCAGCGGGUGAUAGUGCGACUCUUGUUGGUCCUUCAGUACCUUCAGAAUCGCUGCAUCCCACUCCUGACACCAGUGCUUUUGGGACAGUAGAUGCCCCAACCAUGUCAUUGGAUCCUGCUAACAAGGAGAUGGCCACGGCAUCUGGUGUUGAUCCUGGAGGAUUGCUCUUGCCAAAUGUAGUUGGGCCUGGUGGUGAUAACCAAGCAUUUGUCACACCCGAUGUCCGAGCCCUUGGUCCAUUGGGGAUGAGCAGAGUGGCCCCUCCUGUUCCCAUGGAAGUCGAAGACCAACCAUCAACGUCGGGCUACUCCAACCAAUCAAUCAACCCUGAAGCGAUUUCGGGUGGGAGUGGUGUAUGGACAUCUGUCCAGAAUGUGUCAGAUGUCCCAGUACCAGCCACCAAAGAGGAAAGUCCUGUUAAAGAGGAGAUCGAGAUUAAGGGGUCACUGAAAAUCAUCAAGGUACCGCUGAGUGUAUGCAAGAAGAACCUGAGGGAACACAUUGAAUACUUAGAAGCCGAGCUGGAGAAGAGGAUGGAUAUCAUAGAAGAAGAGGCAAAUGCUCUUGAGCAGCAGUUUGCAGAGCUACCGGGUCUGAGCCCUGACAUCCGAGGUCUAGCUACCAUGAACGACACUUUCCUCAAGACCAAGAUGCAAACCCUUCUUGGCGACUUGGAACGUAUCAAUAACAUUGUAGCAUUGUGAAAAGAUAGGUUACCAGUCUCCGUUUUCUGAUUUACCACCUUUUCCUUGGUCCUCAUAGAGCAUGGCUAUUCAUAAGCUUGAUGGGGCUUGCCUUGCACUGCUGCAAGCACGACCAUGAGGCAAAUGAAAAAUACUCCAAGGACACAAUUAAUAGUAUAUAGGACAUACCAACACAAUGCACACGCAGACAAGUAAUAGAAAACAAUGUGAAACUUUGUGUACGCUUGAAUUUUUGACCUUUUUGGCUUCAAACGAGCACAUUGUAGCCCUAUCCAUGUAAAAUGUAUUGAUAUCGAUGUUCAAUAGCUUGAAUAGAUUGUGCUAAUUUCUCAUUUUCAUGACCUGUGGUAGAACUUAGUUGGCUGAUAGCCCUGGCUUCAUGAGAAACUAUAUUUGCCUGUAUUCAUUUGAUCUGUUUUUGUUAUAUUCCAUCAACAUGGAAACCAGGGGGAGAGUUUCACAAAGAAUUCAGUGUGACUUUAAAAAGUCAUGCUUAGUGCUGACUCGCACAUGGUAUGUAGCGCGCAAUCUUAUUAAUUAAUAUGAAGUAGUGUGCGUCCUUUUAGCAUUAUUUGACUAAUGCGGUGAUGCUUUUUAUACGGACGCAAAUGAACAUUUAAGUGCGACUUAAAGUCACGCUUAAACGUCAAAUGUUCAUAUGGUAUGCAAGGCAUAAUCUCAUUGACGACUUCGCAAUAGUGUGCAUUCCCCGGAGCGUGAUCUGAGCAGUGAGUUGAUGCGUUAUACACCCCAUGCAACUAGGAAUAUCGGUGAACAUUUUGUCAUAAGUUUUGUGAAACAGACCCCAGCUUAUGGGGGUGGGGGGGUAUUUUGACUGAUUAUUCAUUGCCUAUAUUUAUCAUAGUCAAGUGUCGAGGGAGAUUUGAAAGUAAAAAUUCUUCCUCUUUUACAGUCUCUGACGACAAAUCUGAACCCAACAUAAAUGACACUUCCAAAAGUUUGUCUUUUAGAUGAGUACGAACAUGAGUUAAACUAUGUAUUCAGAAAAUUAUAUUUAUUUUCAGGGGAAAAAAACAUCUUAUUAUAAAUGUAUAUCAUCCAUGAUGUCAUUUCAGAAGAAGGAAGGCAUUGAUUAACAUGCAAAAAUUAUGACAAUUCAACAUUUGAAAUAAGUAUAAUGAUGAUAUUAGUGUUUUUUUUCUAGUUCAUAUAGCACUUCAUAAUCAUUUGAUUAAUCACUCUGGCUUACAUUUACUGUAUUUAAAAUCAAAUAAUACUCUUCUUCAAUAAAAAAAAAAUCACUACUUUGAUUGAAUUUUAUUGAAAUUCAUCGACCAGUCUAAACUUUUGCAAGGGGAUUAUUUUUUUCCUUUUUUCUGCAGGCUAGGAAUUUCCAAGUACAAAUGCAGGUAAAAUGGAAAGAGAUUAGAUUCAUUGAAUUCUUAUUAGAUAAAUUGUGAUUAUCCUUAAGAAUAAAAAGUACUGAAAUUUUGAAUUGUGUACAUGUAUUUCCAUUUCCCUUUUUUUCCUUUUAAAAACGUUAGCAUGAUUUUAUUGGUAUUUUUUUUUAAUUUCGGAAUUGGCAGUAAUCUGACCCAUGUUGUAUAUACAUAUAUAUUAUUGUACAUACAGAUGUAAAUAGACAUGUACAUAGACUAUGUAAAUAUGCAGUAGAUGUAUGUUGAAAUGUGGCAAGAUGUAGAAGCUGUUGAAUGUGCUCUAUGUGCCUUCCCUAUGUUAUAGGCAUUGUCAAUGGUGAUUAAAUCAUAUAUGGACCCCAUUUGAUGUUUGUUAACAAAAGCAAUAUAAUUGGCAAAACCAUGCAGUAUUUACAAUGUAUAUACAGUUAAAGAAGUAAAGGUGUCAGCUUUAUUUGGGAGUGGAUUAUUAAUCACUGACCCAGACUUGGUGAAAAGCAAUGGAAAUACCUGUUACAGGGAUUUCUUUGGGAGAAAACAAACUUGAUGUACAAGCGAUGAAUUCUUUGGCCAAGUUCGGCUUUGCCUCCAGCAACUGUCAGGCCAGUGGUAGAACGACUUAACCAUAAGGCAAUUUUCAGUGACAUUACAAAAUGGCUGCUGGUCAUAAAUCUCAUUCUACUGACACACAUAUCACUUUAAGUCUGCAUAGACUGGCCUUCUAUAAGUUGAAUUUUACCCAAGUUGAACACAUUUUUGUGUUCCUCAGAGAUUUGACAAGGAAACAUUCACCUGUAUUAAGAUUAAACUUUCAUCCAAUUUUCCAUCUUGAGUCACUUCAGUUGAUUAUAAUAUAUUUUCUUUUCAGUAACUCCUCUGGUACUUUAUGUUCCUUUUUAAUACUUUGCUCCAUAUUCUGAAGCCAGGUUUAACUUAGGCCAUGAUCUAACUCUGUGCUAAAAUCAUGGGGAGUCAAAAAUUCCAAAAUCGACUUAUAUUGUGUAUUUCUUAUUGUUUGCUAUCUUGUUUCCAUUUGCUCUCGUAAUGAAGAGAAAAAAUAGUUCAAAAUACUUCCGUUAUCGUUCCCAGACAACUAUGAACAAUUUGGGUGUCAUAUGAAUGAAUAAAGUGGAUGUGUACUGUUAGGGAUUUGUGCCCCAAUUGGCACUCCAUAGCUAUAAAUCACAACUUUAAACCAGGGUUUAAUUUCAACCUGAGUUCAGAACACGGGCCGUUAUGUUGAAUAUGCCCUGCCUGUGUCAGUUGUAUGCGACCUUGUUCUGGGUUCUCUGUUUGAUUCCAUGAAUAAAAUGUACCUGAAAUUCUGAAUUGUUAUUUUUAUAUAAGCCCUACUGUUCGUUACAUUAUUGUAUUCUGUUCAAUAAAGUGAUGCAAGACAGCAUUAACACCCUCUAUAUUCACAUUAGUAAUGUCCAUUUACGUAUGUACGUACAUGCAUAAUAUUUAGUCUAUGGUAUCUGACCAUGUUUGAGCAUGGAAAGAAGUUGAUUAUAAGAAUAUAUGAAUCGCAUCAUCAAAUUGAGUUAAACUUGGGAUAAUGUUGCUUAUACACAUGAGCAUAUCUAAUGUGAAAUGUCUAUCCAGGAAUUUCUCUCAAAAGUGCCCAAAAUGAUUGGAAAAACAUCUUCAUUGGACACGCACAAACAUCAUUUCGUUUUUCUAGAUUUACGUAAAUUGGACACUCUUUGACAAGUUUCAUUCUUUUAAUCUAAUAUUGCUAUACGUGUAUGACUUAUAUUCAGGAAGAAAAUACUCAGAUGCUAAUGUCGAUUUGCCACUAAAUAUUUGCAUGUAAAAAGAAACAUCUAUGAAUAAAUACAUAAAUAGACUUUCAUCUUUUCACAAUCAAUUUCGUUGUUACCUGGCCAGCUUUUGCCUUCUGGUUUCUGCAGGCUUUUUGUAAAUUGAUGACAUUGCUAAAGGUAAUUUGUAAUGAAUGGGAGUCAGAAAAUUAGCCCAAAUAAAAAAAAUAUAUAUCUAUUUUCCCUGGCUUAUAUCCAGCUAUCAGAGGAAACCAAACUGUCUUACACACUGCUCAUUGUGAGAUGCACUAUACCCGGCUUGUGGAGUGCAAAUACAUUUCUCAACUUUAAAGAGAUACCAUUUCUUUCUGGGCCUGCAUUUUCAUGAGGUGUCGUAUUUGGAUUUCAUUUUUGUUACCAAGUGCAGCGAUGAUCUGUAUAGAAGUUGCCAUUUUGUAUGUUUGACUUGUGAAAUUAGCAAAUAUAAAAAAACACUGCAUAAUUUUAAGCUUGUACUGAUCCUAUUGUGUCAAUUUAUGAUUAUCACACCAUACACUUACAUGCACAUGUGUAGUUUAGAUAUGUAUGACAUCAUACAU